AUGGAGAGAUACUUAACCACAUCUAGUUUAACUGGGCAUGAUAUUGAACAAAAAUCACGAUCAUCAUAUGAAUCUAUGAACAUGGACAAACAAGAAAUUGAGUCAAGCCAUAGCGAAGAUGAGGAUGCGACCACAACUGUCAGAACUGGUACUCAAAUAAAUGAUCAUGCAAUAAUAACUAAACGUAGGAAGAUAUACAAACAACAAUUUAUAAAAUCUUGGGAAAGUAAAUAUACUUGGCUAACAAGAGACUGUAACGGAAGGUCUAACUUGGUGUUUUGUAAGUGUUGUAACAAAACUAUAACUUGCAACAUAAGCCACAUUAAACGGCAUGAACUAACUAAAUUACACAAAAAAAAUUACAACAAGUCUGUUAGUACGCCAAAAUUGGAAACAUUACAGGUUUUCAGUGAAUUUGAAACUUUAAAUAAGAAGACAAAACAAGCUGAACUUAUUUUAUUGAUGUUCCUGCAUGAGCAUAACCUGCCAUUUUUAUUGAUGGACCAUAUGCCAAAGAUGUUAAGUGCAACUUUUCCAGAGUGUGAGGUAAUAAAAAAUUUAAAAUGCAGUAGAACAAAGGCUACAGAAAUAACAAAACAAUGUUUAGCUAAGGAAGCUCUAGAUAUUAUUCAGCAAGAAACCCAGAACAAUUUAUUUUCAAUAAUAAUCGACGAAACAAUGAUAUUUCUACCAAACAAUCUCUUGCUGUUAUUAUAA